AAAACAUGAUGGAAUCAGUUGACAUUCGAGCACCAUGUUGGCUGGUCGUGCGAUCGUCGUUCUCCUUCAUUGUUUGCAGUUGUGCUCUUGCUUCCUCUUUAGUACCGCGUCGUUAUAUAAUAGUACCGAUGAACUAUCGAUUUUAGAUCACACAAAUUUUACAACCUCCUUACUAGGCUCAGAAAAUGCUUGGAUCAUCGAGUUUUACAAUUCCUGGUGUGGCCACUGUAUUCAGUUCGCACCCACUUGGAAAUUGUUUGGGAAAGAUAUUAGAGACUGGCAGCAUACAAUUAAAGUUGGGGUCAUUGACUGCUCUGUUGAUGAGAAUAAUGGCAUCUGUCGGGAGUAUGAAGUCAUGGGAUAUCCUACUAUGAGACUUUUUGCUGCUAGAACCAAAAAGGGAGAUGUGGGAAAAGACACUCAUUCCCGAAAUGUAGAAGAUCUCAACACGUCUGUAAUCAGUUUCCUGGUUGAGCAACAGAAAGCAAACAAUGGAUCAUCUUCAUGGAUUAAUUUACUUCCCUACCAGGGAUCAUUAGCAAAAGUAUGGGAAGAGGUUCCUCCGAGUGCGGAACAUGUUCUGGUGAUUAUAGAUUCCAAAGAGUCUUUUGUUGGAAGAUCCGUAAUUAUGGACUUAGGAGGAUAUUCAAGUGUUGCCUUAAAGUAUAAGGAAGCAUCAGAGGAUGAUGCUAAAAAAUAUGGCACCACGUAUCCCAUUGUUAUUUAUGUAGAUCACAGUGGUAAGGAAGAAGUGGAGCAGAAUAAGCUAACUACUCGUAAGGAAUUAACAGAGAUGCUCAUGAAAAAAUUCAACCUUCAUCGAAGUAUGCUUCCAUACAAAACUCUCUUUACAGGAAUAAAAGAUGAUAGUGCAAAACGAGAAGAAAUGGAAGGUGGUGGGGAUGGACAUCCUGAAGAAAUAAACAGUGAUAAAUUGAAUUAUGAAGAUGAUUUACCAGAUACUGCUUAUACUGGAGAAAAAAAGGACCAAGUGUACAUGGUUGACAUAGAGAAUGCUGUGCGGUAUGCUCUAGCUCAUGAAGUUGUGCAGCAUAGAGUGAUCUCAGGUCAGUCACUGAAAUCUCUUCAGGAAUUCCUUGAUAUCCUUGUAAAAUAUCUUCCCAUGAGACCGGCUGUUCAUAACUUUUUGACUCGAUUACAUGAAUAUACAUUGAGUCAGACUGAAAGCAUUCAUGGAGAAACGCUUGCAGAAAAGAUAAAAGCGCUGCAGGGCACAGAUUCAGUUUUACCAGAGCAACAGCCUUGGAUUGGAUGUCGAGGAAGCUCACCAAAGUAUAGAGGCUAUCCUUGUGGACUGUGGACAACCUUUCACACAAUUACAGUUAAUGCAGUUCUACAAGAUGGACGUAAUGAAAAGUUUAAUGCUAAGAAACCUCUCCGAGCCAUACAUGGGUAUGUUCGAGACUUUUUUGGUUGUAAGUAUUGCUCACAACAUUUUCAGGAGAUGUAUAAAGUUGAUGCAGAGUCUUCAGUAAAUGUUCCAGAUGAUGGCAUACUUUGGUUAUGGCGUGGGCACAACAAAGUAAACAAGCGGCUCAAAGGUGAUCCAAGUGAGGAUCCAGAACAUCCAAAGCAACAGUUUCCAACGCGUUCAUUUUGUCCCUCUUGCUGGAAUGGUGACUCCAUGAAUGAGAAAGAAAUUUUAACCUACCUGAAGGCUAUUUAUAGCAAAGGAGCCUUGUCUCUGAAAGGUACACAAGCAAUUUUAGGUCCUAUGAUGAAUCGGCAAGCAAAAGUCAAAGGAGCACUCGAGAAACAUCGUUCUGAAAGAUUGAUGAUGAAGUCAGAAGAAUAUAAGGAAACUCUUCAGCCACUAAAUGCAUCUUGGGGCUUCAAUACAACAGAUAUAAGCUUGUGCGUAUUCCUGUAUGGAUUGUCUACAGUCAUCAUCUUAGGUGUCUACUGUGUGGUUGUCAUACGUCGCAGGAUGAGAAGGAGAAAAUUUAUACAGAUGUACAAAGAACCUGAGCUGUUCCCAGUUCCCUGAUCAGCUUGAUAGUGUGAAGACUGAAGUGCAACUGUACAUAUAUUGUUAUUGUAAAACAGUUUAACCAGACCACAUAGUAGUCACAAUUAUAGAAUCUAAUAGGGUUGGCCCAUGGGACUUACAUGUUGAGCAAAGCACAAGUCACUAAGUUGGCAGUUCUUCCCAGAGAGAAUUCAAUUUAAAAAAAAAAAAAUUCAUUAUUAGCAUUUUGAACUGCCUAAUGUUCUGAGAUCUAAUUCUGAGUCUUCAGAUUCUUGAAAUAAUAAAAGCUAUCACUCUUUUCAUAUUGCAUAAACCAUCAUUUUCUUAUACAUCCAAAGUUGACAGUUUUUCAGAGGUGUACUUUUUACUUGUGUUAAUGUAAUUUUUGCAUGAAUGGUAGUCCUGUUGUUAUAGCCUUUAUAAUUUUAUUUAUCCUAAAUGUGUCUUGUCUUCACCUACAUUCAAAUUUUUGCUCUUCUACCAUGUUUUCUUCCAUCCCAAAUCUCUUCAUUGACUUUACUAAGGCAUUACCUAUUUUCUUCUCAAUUAACUAAUAAGCUGUCUCAACAUUUGGUAAUGGAUUGUUGUUAACACUGUUGGUAAUGGAAUGUUUGGUUCACCUUUGCCACAAAUACAAGUGGUGAUUGUGUCCACUGUUCAGAGAAGUUGAAAAUUUGUUUAUUGCAAAAAUGAAUUGUCAAACAAAAAUGUCUGGUUAUAGGGAGGUAUAAGUUUUGUUAAAAAACUAAUACAAGGACCUAUGGAUUUGGUAAAUAUUAUAAGCAGAUUAAACAAAACUACUGUGAUAUUAAUUAUCUUAAUUUUACUAGGCAUAUUUUGUAAUGUUUUUAGUUACAAUACAUACACUAAACUUUGCCCUUUUCAUAAUAUUUAGCCAGGUAAAGGAUUCACUUAACACGAUGUCAGUGUGAAAUGUUUGCAAAAUAAUGGAGUCAGUCCUUUUUUUUUCUUCUUCUUCUUACUUUAUGCAAGUUGUGCUUAGUAAGCAGGUAUAUUAUAAUUAAACCUUUCUUCUCAUCUUCCAUGAAAUGUUUAACUGGAAUGUGAAAGCCCUUUCAUUCCACAGGAAGUUUUGAAUUAUCCUCAAAAUAAGCUAUCGGCAUUUCUGCCAAGAUUUUAAAUGACUGUAAAUGUCGUUUUUUACUAGUUGACUUCAUGUGUACAUAAGAAAAUAACAUAAGAAAAUAUUUUGUUCUCAAGCAGUUGCUGAUAUAGGUCAGUCAUCAGUUUAGAGCAUCCCUUUGGAAAUAUAUCAGUAAAAUAGUAAUACAGUACAUUCAAGUAAUCAGUAUGUUGCUUGUGCCAGACUUCCAAGUCCCAAUCUAAGUUUCAGCAAGGCUUUCUUUUGUCUACUUUGAAAAAUAUUAAAUAGAUGGAAGAGAGAUAGAGUUAAAGUAGACUUGAAAAUAUAUUUCACAUUAUUUAUUUAUAUAAUAUUAUUUAUAUUUUUGUAAAGCCUUUAAAAUUCAUGUGUAGUUAGUUUUACUGUGACAGCAUCUGUCUAGGAAGCAUUAAUGCUCUUGUAUGAAAUUAAUGGUUUUUUAAAAUAUAUACUAGUCACAUUCUAUUCAUUAUCCGGGAAGGCUUCAUUAAAAAACUUCAUACCUAUGAGAUGACCACAUUCUGAGCUUUGGAAACAGUGCUCAGAUGUUUGAGGACUAGGAUAGAGCAUUAACCCUUUAACUUUGGCCAAAUAUCUAGUAAUAAGACCCACAUACUUUGUACAUUAACAUUCAUUUCCUGCCUCCACCACAUCUGGCCUAGUAGAAGUUUUGUUUGAUGCCUGUUCCACCACCCUUUGCAUAGAAUAAGAAUUUUAUUUCUUGAAUUUAAUGCAGUUCAUUUCCAGAAGAUAGAUUUUUAAUACCUAUUCCUUUAAGCCAACUUUGAGAACUGUAUUUGUAGCUCAUUGGCCUGGUUAAACUAAUUAUAUGAUAACAAUAUGUAUUCCUUUUGGAACUGCCAGCCUCCUCAUGUUGCACAAGAAGAUUUUUUUGCUUCCUCACAAGUUAAUGCAGUAUGGAAGAUAGCUUAGAGAUCAGUUAUUACUCCAAACCACUGGGACCAUAAAGUCACCCUGGUAGUACUUGUCAAGGAAUCCUGGUCACUUUCUCCAUUGGCUCGAGAUCUUCAUCUAUGCCUUAUCUUUUUCAUCUUGUAAGCAUUUCCACUGGUCAGCGUCCUGUCACUUACACUGAUUUGUAUCCUUGCACCUGAGCACCUAAUCUCUCAGCUACUUUUUCAUUCUCAUCCUCCAGGUGAGAAGCCUUUUUCAGAAUCUCAUCAUAUUCUUUGUAAGGGCCCAUGUCUGCUGUGCACAGAUGUAUGUGAUUAUGCACUCACAAAUUUGUGUGUUUUACUACAGAGAUGUUUUUUAUUUACUGACAGUCCAGGCACCUCUUCAUUUUACCCAUCAUGUUGCUACAUUUAUUUUUUUACUCUUCUCAUGGUUCACUUAUCAUGUUGCUGCAUUUAUUUUUUACUAUUCUCUUGGUUUAGUGGGUCAAGUAAAGUUAUAUCAGAAUUGUCCUGAGAAAAUGUAUGAGUCUUCAUGGAGGAAUUAAUGCUUUUCUACUUAUAAAAAAUAAUUGUUUUACAACAAACCUAUUACGUACUUAUGAUUGUCCCUUUGGUAUGUCACAAAAUCAUUCCAGAUUUUUAUCAGUUGGAUGUUUUUGCAAGGCUAUGUAUGUGGUUGGGAGGGGAUUUGUAGCAGGCAGAGGAGAGUAAAGUUAAUUGAGGGAGUAAGUUGAAGAAAUGCAAGUGAGUACUAGUUUCUCUUUGUCAAACUCUUCCCCCUUCUAUGUGAAGUAGUGAAGACAUUCACUUAACCUUUGUAUGGGAAACUGCUGUGAGGUUGACACAGGAUUCUCUGAGCAUAUUGCUAAGCAGUAUUCUUCUAGUUUACUUCCAAGACACAAGAACUGUCUGGGAUUCUUUCCUUGUUCUUGCUUCUACCGUGGUAUAGUUGUCCGUGCUCUUGACACCUUUGAACAGUCUUGCUCACUUCAUUAGCUUUAGCCAUUUGAGUAGGAGCAAAGUGGCGUCAGGUGAUGCCUCAACUCAUGAUCCCACUCUCCCAAGAUUUGUGCUGUUAGCCUGUGCUGUAUUGACAAUUUGCAUGGGCUUUUGUAUCUUAGCUACCUUUAAAAGGGUUGGGAUUCUUCUUACUCUUGUUCAUGAGUUUGUGGCAAAUGCAGUUUCUGACAAAAGACUCGAGAAUCUCUUGGUCUCCCCCUUUUGAGAAUUUUUUAGAGCUUUGGCUUAUAAGGUAUGACUCCCCAUGCUCUCUUCUUUUCUUCUACUUAGCCUUUAGCUUUUCCCAUUUCUAUAUGGGGUCACUGUUUCUAGUCAGCCUUCUCCAUCUUCCUCUGUCCUGUACAUUUUGUUCUCUCCUUUUCUGUGGGAAGGGAUUGAUAAAGCUAUUAUCGGAAUCUUAUCUAUAGGCCAUCGCUUGGUUCUCUGUAGUUUUCCCAGAGUAACAGUUUAGAUAAAUCUCAUUCUGGCUUGUGGCCCUUCAGUCUUGCAUCCCUACACCAGAUAUUACAGUAGGUUACCAAGUCAUUGCAUUUCUGGGUAGAUAUUCAGUCUGCCAAUAAGUUGAUCAAUUAUCCUCCAACCUAAGGAGUGAGCCUCCUACUUGAAUGGCAAGUUUGUAUUCCCAUAGGAAUAAAUCACAAAUUUUUCAAGUACAGUAAUUUGAAUUUCACUUAGGUGUAUGUACCAGAGCUUUUCAUCAUAAUCCCACAUUAGCUACUCCACAUGGUUCUUGAUGCCAUAGGAAAAAGUGAUUGAUGAUAGCAGACGAGUAAGGGGUUCUCCCAAUCACCCACUUACUUUCUUACCAAGUUUAACAUUUCUAGCUCACUGAGGUCAAUUCCUACAUAAAAAGCUUUGACUUGUAAACUUAAGAAAUACACAAAUUACUUAAAAAAUUACAUAUAAAUAUCAGUAUGGACAUUUUUUUUCUUCCAAAGUCCCUCCAUUAUAAAUAUGUACUGCACUCGCGUACUGUGCGUGUGGAUGGAUCCCAGGGUCUUGGGCUACUACAGGAGUCAUUAUUUGUGUCUGUCUUUAUAGCAUGAUCACCACUGUUGUGAAGUCCUUGGGUAUUCAUUAUUGUGAUCUUUUACUUCAAGAGUUAGGUUAUUCCUUUUGCUAUUUCUGCAAACUUCAAUCUCGAUGUUGACCUAGCAUUCACAACAGGCACAUGUUAGCAGUGGGACAGAUGGACCCUUUUUGAGGGACAUGUCCAUCUAUAAAUUCAGAUCUCCAUCACCUUAACCAUCCAUUCUUACCUUGUUUGGCAUUCUUUACAACAUAAUCUCCAGACUUAAUUAUACCUUUAUGUUGUAUCUAAUAAAUUGCACUCUAGUCUGUGGAAGUAUGAAUCUCCCAACUCCAGCAUUCCCUAACAAGAAUGAUACAUUAGCCGACAUUCUAAAGAGCAAACAAAUUACAAGCCUUCUAGACUUGCACAUCAAGGUUUCUGUCUGAAAACAGUUUCCUGUGUCUUUGAAAAACACGAGUUAUGAUGUUUAAGGAGUAUGAGGUAGAUUCUAAAGGUCUCAAUUAGCCAUUCUGUAGGUUUUACUAGUCAGUAAUUUCCUCAAAAAAUUAGUUGGGCUGAUUUUAAAUAUUGGGUUAUAAAACUAGUUUAAUUUUUUUUUAUUCAUAAAUGUUUUACAGAUAUGUUAGUUCCUACCUCCCAUCCCUACCAUUUCUCACAUUUCAUAGAUCAGACUUCAUGAAUACCGAUUCUCAUAGUUGUAUUAAACCCAUGGAUCUGUCCACAUCUGCAAUAUGUAUACUGCCAACUGACUACCAUUAUUUUUCUUUAAGAGGGGCUGAAACUCUGGGACACUUUUGUGCUGAACAAAAGGGCCAAUUACAAGUAGUAUGUAUGUAAUAGGUUUGUAUUCAAAAGUUAAUUUUUCAUAAUUUAAUGGGGUUCUAUACUGUAUAUUUUAUAGAUUCACAUUUGCUAUAUGAGUAUUGCAAUACAGAAAUGACAAAUCCUGCAAUACCAUAUAUCUAUAUAUAUGAGGAAACUAUAAAACCAUAAAACUUCAUUUUAAAAGUUAAUUACAGAACUGAUAUGUCAUGUCUUAUUCUUUGUGAUAUUAAAAAUUAUUGUUAAGGGAGAAUUACAAUUCACCUGGCUGAGAGUUAUGAUUUGCAGUUUACCCAGUACAUAAAGGUUAAUAACAAGUCAUGUACUAUAUUGUAUGAAGUAAUUACAGGCCAGGCCAGGUAUAUAGUUAUUCUUGUUCUUUGUGUAUGGUUAAGCACAAAGGUUUAGGUUUAUCACCUUUUAGAGCUUGUAAAUAUGCAGUAGCUAUAGGUAUGGUUUUUAUUGUAGCAUUCCAGAUUGAACAUUAGUUUUUGCAAGAACCCAUGAUUUUUAAUAGUAUAAAUGGUUAUGUAUUAUUAGCUGCUAUCCUAUUUGUAAAACUUGUUGUGAGAACCUUUAGCACAAGCAAAGACUAUCUUUUAUACAUAACAUGGGUCCACUGAUUUCUUUUUCUUAAGCAAGUUUGCAAUUUGAUUCUCUCAUUUUAUAGAAAGUUUUACUAUUUAUAUACAAUGAACUGCUUCAGAUUUAAUGUUGGCCUGACAAUCUUGUGAAUAUUAUAACUUUUUCUACAACAAUAAAGUAAUAGUUCGCUUCUUUUUCGUAGUAAAUUGCUUGUCAGCGAUGGUGGUGGGAUUAUGUAUUGUUUAUUUUGCUUAUUUAUUUUUUCUUAUUUGCAAGUUUAUUUCUGGUAAUCAAAGUAAUGUUGCAAUAUGUAAGUACCUCACUGUUAUAAAAGGUGUCAUGAAGUGCUGUAAAAUCAAAUUGUGAUUUAUAUAGUCAUGAACUAGAGCCAUCAACUUUUUAUGAUUAUGUAUUAGCACUGAUGAAUAUUUAAAUAUCAGUGUACUUUAUAAAUAAUGCUUCAGUAAUGAUCAUCUAAUACAGUAGGUUAUGACUACUAGCAUAAAACCAAAGUUUGUUUCUUGUACUUACACAGAAAAUCAAGACCUUUAUAUCUAGGAGGUCAACCUCUUUUGCCAAUUACGGAUCCUUUCAUCAAAGAUAAAUUCAUUUAGUAUGUUCUCACACAAGUUGGACAUCAGCAUCCUCUGCAUCCGGCUACUAGGAAAACUUUAUGAAUAGGGGAAUUUUUCAGGUCAGGGAUAGUAUACCAACAUCAUGAAAUACAAGAUGUAUGUAUUCAAGUGAAAAGUUGUUAGAAUUUGUCUUUUGUCGUGAGAAGAGUAUUACAUAUUGGCAAGGUCAUUCCAUGAAUGUUCCACUAAUUGUUUUGCUUGACAGAACACAGCUUUUUUUUUUACUUUUCUAUGUUUCUUUAAUUUAAAGAAUUGUAUAACUCUAGCUAAAGAGAUUAUUUGUUUAAUAAUUACUAUUGGAAGAUGAUUAGAAUAUUGUAACAUGUAUACAGUAAAAGAUUUCUCUGAUAUGAAGUUAGAUAAUGAAUUUUAAAAUUCAUAUAAAGCAAACAACAUAAACUGUUAUUGUUAUUCAACAGUCAUCUAGCAAUCUGUCUUUUAAUUAGGCUAGCUCUUGGCUUUACUGUAUACAGCAUAUUCAUAGUUUCCUACUGUGUUCUUCUUGACUGAAGAAUUUUACCCUUCAAAGGCCCUUGACAGUGUUUCAUGAAGUAUUUGUAUUUGGAAUCUUUUAACAUUUUUAAGAUGAAAUAAAACUCAGAGCUGUAAAGCUGCAAUAUUUCAUAUUGAAAAACUUAGGCAGUAGAGAUGUACUAAAUAUGUAAAAAGAAUAUUAGACAUUACAGAAGCCCCAAUUUUCAAGGGAAUUUUAAGAUGUUUAAAUGGAAAAACAUCUUAUAGGUGAAAAUGAGAUGAAAAACAUCUUGGAGUGAAAAUGAGAUGUGAUGAUUUUUUGCUACUCUAGUUUGUGAUAAUAGCUGUCACAAAUAGACUAGAAAUUAUCUCAGCCAAAGCUUACAUUAUUCAGGAAUGCAUUUGAUAAUAGACAUCAGUUUUGUGUUGUACUGUUGGGCAGUAUAACUAAUUGACUGUAUGUAUAUUAACUUUCAAACACCACCUUUGUGUAUUUGCAGUGACUAACCUUUCGGCUAAGCCAAGUUCAUAUUCGUGGGUUAAUUCUUACCCAUAAUUUAUCUAGAGGCUUGCAUUAAACACAGUGGCACCAAUACUUAAAAUUUAUCUAGAGGCUUGCAUUAAACACAGUGGCACCAAUACUUAAAGAGUAAAUAUAUUGAUUUUUAAGUGCAAUGGCCAGUGAGGCUGGAAGUUAAAAGCCCUUUUAACAAUGGAGGAGGGUAGACCUUAACCAUAAAGGAAACAACAGAUAUGUAUGACAAAGAAUGCAAGUAGGAAGAGUAGAUGGAAAACAAUCAGGGAACAAGCAAGCAGGAAGAGUGGAUGGAAAAAAGUCAAGGAACAAAUAAGCAGGAAGAGUGGAUGGAAAAAAGUCAAUAUGGCUAUGAUCAAUGGAUUACAGAUUUCCAGAGUAAACUGAAAAAUUAGUGUGAUGGAUGAAACAGGCUGCUUAAAAAAUAUAUCAAAUCUCUCCAUAGGCCUAAUGGAAAAGUGAAAGACAUGGCACCUUAGAUAAGAUACACAGUUGUAGAACUGGAUCAUUGCUUCAGUGAAUUUCUGCAAAUUCAACUAUCAAGGAGGAGGAGAAAAGAUGAAGCACUCCAAUUUAAAAUCAAUAUAUUCCAAAGAGGAACAUGCAGAACACCUGACUUUUUACGGGUGGGUUUAGCAAAUGGAACUAUAUGAACUCUCUAAAAUAAGUGUGUGGAGUAACAUGAACACCCAAAGUAUUCAAAGGAGAAAGCUUCAACUGUUUAAGUAGAAGAAAAAUACGUAAAUAUUUAAAAAAUAUGACAAAAGAUUGACUGGAGAUGGUCACUGAAAAAAAAGGAGGGGGAAAAAAGUUCUUUAGACGAGAGAACAAAUCCUGACUAGCGACUGUAAAGAAUCCAAAUGUUAGUCACCAACAGUAAAAUGUAGGUAAAUUAAAAUUUAAAAAUAAGUUUACAGAAGAACAAUUAAAAGUUGAAAAUAAGUUUACAGAAGAGCAAUUUAAAUUUUAAAAUUUACAGAAGAACUAAGCACAGCCAUAUGCAGGAAGCUUGGCUGACAAACUCUCAGUAUUUUUUGUCCAGAUUGAAAGAAAUGUCUUCUCUAUAAAAUCAUACGAAAAACAUGACCAAACAUAGUGAACAAGAGCCCAUAAUUGUGAUCAAUAAGGUGAGAGCCGACAUGUAUUGUUUAAGAGAAUGAGUUUGAAUAAUAUUUUAAAUAUAUUAGUAACAACAGAAAUUAAAUUGGUAUGACAGUUGAAAGAUUUAUAGUGCAAUUUACAUGAGGAAAGAAAACUGUAGAAUUCAAUUAUUUAAAAAUAAAUACAUAAAAACUGCAAAAAUGGCCCAUUUUUUAUGGAAAUCCCUUGUGGAAUUAUCUGGAACAGAAACCUUACUAGCCUUUCAGUAAGCAAGAACCUUACCUUACAAACAGAGAAUAUUGGUGAUGGCAAGGAAUCGAAGAAAAGUAGAAUACAUUGGGAGCAGUAAUGAACCGAAAAGUAAAGUAGGUGGUUAUCUAUCAAGGAAUUCUGAAAGUAGAGGUAGCUGGAUAAAAUAAGAAAUCUUGGCUGUAGAUUGCUGCCUUCUCACUAGGAGAGCAUGUAGGGGACCAUGAUAUAAAUCCAUCAAGACAGAAGAAUGGAGGCAAAUUACAGACCAAAGUUUUUUUUUCCUUUCUUUUUUUAACUGGAAACCAAGUUUAUAAUAAUGGAAUUCCUCUCAGUAUAAGGAAAGUGCAAUGAUCCCUAGCACCAAGUAUCUACAGGAGAAUUAGCUAAGAAUGGCUUGAGUAAAUACCCUCUCGACUUAAACUUCUAGACUGGGUUUAGAAGUUUUAUAACAGGAGAGACAUACCCGUAUAACUGAAGUCAAAAUCUUACCAAUAUCAGGAGCCACAAAUUUAGAAUUUCAGUUACCAAGCAACAUUUACCCCAGGAAAAUUGAGCGGAAAGGUUAUUUUACCAGAACCACAGCAACAUUCUUUAAGAAUUCAAGAAUAAUUUGAAUGCAAGUCUUUAUUAAUCAUGUUAACAUACUGAGGAGUGAUCUUUAGAAAGCCAAAAUUAAUAUUGCUAAUAUUUCUUCGCUCAUUUUCUCAUGAAAAAGGAAAUUUAAAGUAUCAGUUAAAGACCUAUCAUUAGAUGUAUUCAAGGUAGUAUUUAUUCAUAUUCUUCAGGUAAGGUAUAAUGAUAAAUUUCAUGCUCAUUUGAGAAAAGUAUAAUUAUGUGCAAUAAAUAUUUUGUACUAGAUUUUUAAAGCAAAAGAGAUUUAAUAUAAUUCAUGCCUUGUAAAGGUAAGUACGUAUCAUAAAAGUUUGUUGAAAAGUUGAUAAAUGCAUCCUAUUUAAUAAAAACUAUUUACUCUUACUGAACUUGGUCCAUUUAAGUUGAUCACAUGGAAACUCAUCAGAUUUGUUACUCUCAUUUCUAUUUUGCUUUUUACAUUUCCUUUUGGCCACACUAUUAACAUCAAUAGAAACAAUGCCUAUGUAUCAUUUGCAUUAUCUUUCAGGUUUUUUUAUUUUUUAAUCUUACAUGAAAUAAGUUACUAUUUCAUAAAUAGUAACCUACUAAAUGUAGUGGCUGUUAUGGAAAGAUUAUACUAUGUAGUAUUUUUCUUGAUACAUAAUUGAGAUAUCCAACCGGACAUAUGACAUAUAUGAUGCAUCAUGCAUGGCUUUCACAAAUAUUCAGACUUAUGCUUUCCACUGCUUACUUAAGAGAAUGCUUAAAUGUCAAUGGUAGUUUUUGCUUUAGUUCCCUUUGUUGCUUUCAUUUGAGCUUAAAUCACAUCAUUUGAUAGUUUUGACAUUAAAAGCUGUGUUGAAUUCUAAAGAUUAUCCCAUUGCAUUUUGUGCCAAAAGUUAUAAACAUCGUCUCAAAUAAUUUUUGAUAAAAGGCUGAUUCUCAGACUGGGGCUGAAGUGAAGCUUUGAAUACAAAUUUCUCUCAUAUUUAGUAAAUGGUUAUUUAUGAACUAUUUAAUAAUUGUUUAUUGUUUACUUACUGUAUAUUUUGUUCAGAGGUUUAUGUGAGAUUUUAUACCAAUAAUUGUAAGAUAGUAUAUUUGUGAAGUUUUAAGGUUUAUAAAAAAAAUAAGGACAAUACAUUCCAAAAAGUAGACUCAUAAUACUGUUCAGUAUAUUGAGGUGUGAAGCAUUCCUUGAAUGUAUAGCUUUUAAGUUGCUCUUUCACCGUCCAUGUAAUUGUAUAGUUAUGACUAUUGUAUGUUUUGUAUUCACUUCAAUUUGCAAUGUACUGUGAUUGUGAUAUUGAAAUAUAUAGUUAUAUUGUAA